AUGUUGCUCGAUAGAUCUGUCUUAUUAACGUUGGGUGGGCUCUGUUCAACCCACGCCUUUGCUAUUCCGCCAAGAAAGGGAACCGCCUUGUCUAAAAUUGGAACACAAGAACAUCUGUUUCCAUUUCUAGGGGGUGCCGCUCCAUAUUUUUCAUACCCUGGCAGCUAUGGAAUUCCAAUAGGGCCACCAAGCCAUUGUGAACUUCAACAAAUUCAAUUGCUUGCCAGGCAUGGCGAGAGAUAUCCUACUAAAAGCAGUGGCAAGAAAUUGAUGAAAACAUGGAACAAAUUGAAAGAAUACCCCCAUAGUUUCAACGGAUCAUUAUCUUUCAUCAACGAUGAUUACGAGUUCUUCGUUCGUGAAAAUGAAAACCUGGAGAUGGAAACCUCUCUCAAAAAUUCGGUCAAUGCUCUUAAUCCUUAUUCAGGGGAAAUGGAUGCAAAGAGACAUGCACAACAAUUUUUGGCUCUAUACGAAGGCUUUCUAGAGGGCAACCGGGAGUUUGCUGUGUUUGCAUCCAGUUCCGAAAGAGUUCACGACACGGCUGAGUUUUUCAUCGAAAGCCUCGGAGACAAAUUCCAGGUAUCGUUGCAAGUGGUCAGUGAAGACCCCAGCGCUGGUGCAAAUACUCUUUCAGCCGGUUAUGCUUGUCCUGCGUGGGACCCUGAUGCAUAUACUGAAAUAAUCGGCAAUUACUCAACCAAGUAUUUGACAGACAUCGCCGAACGACUGAAUAAUGAGAACCGUGGGUUAAAUCUAACUGAAUCUGACGCCAACAAUCUGUUUUCAUGGUGCGCUUACGAACUCAACGCUCAGGGAUACAGUGACAUGUGUGACGUUUUUACUAUGGAAGAAUUAAUUCAUUAUUCAUAUAAUGAUGAUCUGUCAUCCUAUUACCAAGAUGGUCCUGGUUAUUCCAUGAUUCAGGCUGUAGGGGCAAAUUACUUCAACGCUUCUCUCAAACUACUCAAAGAAAGCGAUAGACUAGACCAGAAGGUAUGGUUGAGUUUCACACAUGACACUGACAUUUUAAAUUACUUGACUACGGUAGGCCUUUUUGAUGAUGGUCACAAAUUAAACGCUACCUAUGUUCCUUUCAGGAACCAUGUUUUUCACAAAUCCUGGAUAAUACCUCAAGGUGCGAGAGUUUAUACUCAAAAGUUUCAAUGCGACAAUGAAUCCUACGUCAGGUACGUUGUAAACGAUGCAGUGAUUCCAUUAGAAUCAUGUUCUGAGGGGCCUGGUUUCUCCUGCAAAGCAGAGAACUUCUAUAAGUAUGCUGGCGAACGGUUAGCCGGCCAAAAUUUCUUGGAGGCAUGCAAUACAUCCAGCGUUAGCAACAACACCGAACUUACUUUCUUCUGGGACUGGAAAUCCGCUCACUACAACGCCAGUUUGCUUAAUGAAUAG